UGAUAUGACAACAUUUCUAAGGCAUCCUGAUAUGACAACAUUUCUAAGGCAUCCUGAUAUGACAACAUUUCUAAGGCAUCCUGAUAUGACAACAUUUCUAAGGCAUCCUGAUAUGACAACAUUUCUAACAAUAUUGUUUUCAGGCAAUGGAGGGGGAUUCGUGAGGGCAUGUUUGACCCGCUGACAAAACAACAGCUUGCCAGCUUGUGUCUGAGGAUUGACCAGUUUUUAUCGGACAAGCUGAUGCAGAUCAUCAUCCCAGGUCUUUACGAACUACUGGGCAUCCAAGAUGCUGCCUCCUCUCAAUUGUCACAGAGAUCUCUCACAGCGUCACUCACCAGCCUGUUAGACGAUAAGGCUAACACCAAGUCCCGCGUGAGAUUUACUGAGGCUGGUGUACCUAAGAGGCCAGGCAGACGAAAGUCUUACAAUAGCUUUCGCAUCCCGACUCCCUACCCUUCCUCCAACUGUAUGGAGCUAAAAGAGGAAGAAGAGCAGGAAUCACAACAACAUAAGUUCAAUGAGUUUUACCUGACUAAGGAGAUGGGCAGUCUGGGCAGUGGAAGCUACCUGCCCAAGGGGGCCAUGAGGUCUCAAACCUCUCUGUCUGAGGUGCAGAAGAAAACAACCAACUCUGAGUCGCUACAUGUCCUUUUAGGUCUCUCAGAGGACACCCUCGUCACCUGUGUGCAGGACAGCCUGCAAGGUUCUCUCUCCAAACUUGCAUGCAUGUCCGAUUCUCCAUCUGGAAGUGCAGGCUCUAUGAUGCUAAUCUCUGCUGUAAUGGCAGAGUUGGCUAAAGAUGUCAAGUCGGCCGUAUCACUGGUCGUUAAGAGUGCCUCCGCAAGUCAAACCUCUCUAGUGACAUCUGGAAGAAGGGGAGACUCGGAGACCAAGGUGACUGAAAGCAUGGUGAGAGAGCUGGCUGCUAAACUUGAAAAAGUUGACCAAGAGAGCAAGAGUCUAACAGGGCAAGUCAUGACCACCAUCUCUGACACAAAGGUGGCUUUUGUUGACGAGAACGAACACAGUUUGCUGGAAGUUCUGAAGGACAAGAUCACGUUUUUGGCAUCGCAUGUUGGCUUCAUUGACGAUCUUGAUGCCCUGAUAAGGAAAUACGAGAGCAGCUACAAUAUUAGUGAAUCUGGUUCCUCCUGCACGCUCACGUCUAAGAGCAUCCAAAAACUCUCCAGCCGGCUGUUUCUAACAUCAGCAAUGCAAGCAGUGAGUGGAGUUCUUGCCAAAAAAGUCAGUAGUUUGAGCUUUCCUAGUUCAGUCGUUCAGUCUGAGAUAACAGGUGCUGUAUCAGGUCAAACAUUGUCUGGCAUUGUAAAGACAGAGUCAAUUCACCCAGUGGGCUCAGCAGCGUCAGUAGUUGUUAAGACUUUCGUGUCAGAUAUGAAGUCCUUGGCUGAAUCUGAAGAGAGUCUGCAACAGAAGAGUGCCUGGUCUGCUGCUGCUCAUAUCUACCACAGAAUCCAAAACAACUUGAAAGAUUAUUUCGGCAAGCUUCAGCGAUGUGCCUUAAAGAGCAUUGUCACAUCUGAUGACAACAUCACAAAUGCUGAGUUUAAGGAGACAGUUCCACUUCCUUGCUUAGACAUGAAGUAUAGGCCCAGUAAGAGUGAGCCUCAGUUGCCAGAGUCCACUGGUGAAGUUACUUUACAAAGAGGCCUAAGUGAGAGCUCAAAACUUCUUUGGGCACAAACUGACUCAGAAGAAAGCAAGCUCCUUCUGACAACUUGCACUAAAGAAGUCAUCUCAGAGCUUCUGGUCUUGUACAACACUCAGAUGUCAAAGGAGGACCCCCUGUACACUGUUGGAGAAAAAGGAUCAGACUUCUCUAUUGAGAGACAACAAUUUGUAGAAUGUGUUCUGGCUCAGCUUGGGGAUAUCUCCCAUUCCAGGGCCUCAUCAUCAAUAGUAUGUGAGUUCCCCUCUCAAAUUGAGGACAGCAGAAGUAAUGCCACAGCUUCUUUGACCAGUCUGUUAAAUUGCAUGAAAAAACUCUCAAGUGAGGAAUUCAAGAGAAACGCCACUCAAGCAGUGAGUGAGUUCCUAGUUGAAAAUUCCACCAGUAGCUUAACUAGUGCAAAGCCUGCUUAUUCUGUAGCGUCCAGGUCUGGUUCCAUUCAAAACCGGUACACAUGGUCAAAGGAUAUUUGUGCAGAUUCUGCUGCUUUUGGCAUCAUUGACACAUUUGUGGAAGACCUGCAGAGCUUGGCGCAACCUGCAGAAGUAGAGGAGAGAGAACCUGACCUCCUGGAAAAAGCACAAAAGCUACAGAGCAGGAUCUGGUCAGCUACCACUAGUUUAUAUAACAAUAUUAAGAAGACAUUAAAGGACUUCACCAUUCACCAGCGGAGGUCAGACAUGCUGAGCAGAAUGUCCAGUCAUAUACCCACAGAGGACUCUGAACAUCUUGGGACUAAGGAGCACAUUUGUUUGGCAAGCCAGGACUUGAGGCAAGCUAGUAAGAGUGUGCCUCACUUGCCCAGUUUGAACCUUGAAGUGGCUCUACACAGGGGUGUCAGCGAGAGUUCAAAACGUCUCUGGACUGAAACAGACGAGGCUCUACUGACCAAUAGUACCAAAGAGGUAAUUUCAACAAUCUUGACCUCAUGCGAGGAUCAGACAUCAAAUGCACCUUGCUUCUCCACAGUAGGAAAGAAAAUAUCUGAUAUGUCCCUUGAGGUCAACGUGUUGGUAGGUGGUGUUCUGUCUCAGCUGAAUAACAUCUCCUGGUCAAGGUCCCCAACACCAUGUGAAGACAUGUUUGAACGUCUCCAAGAUUCUCCUGAGCGAACCUCUCCAGUAAGUCUAGAUUGCAGCACGGCUGCCUCCAAAGGCAUUGCAUCUUCCCAUAGUCUUUCAACAAAGAGCCUCCAGAAACUCUCUAGUCAUGAGUUCCAAACCAAAGCUGAGAAAGGAGUGAGUGAGGUCCUCUCUAGAUCAUUUAACAUUGUGGAGGAAGGUACAACAGAUCAGUCUGUAUCUACAUCCACCACAUCUACUGAUAUUAUACAAACCAUGGUGAAAGACCAGCAGGAGCUCACCCAGACCACCCAUUCAUCUGACAUGGUAUCUGGAACCUCCCUGCUCACCACUGGACAGGUUUCUGAGAAAAGGAUCUGGUCUGUUGCUCGUAACAUCUACCACAGUCUGCAAAGAAAUUGA